GCCAACUGAGCCACAAAAAUCCCCGCGAACUGAUAAAAGUCACCGCUUCCCUGUUCGUCCUCAGUCCAAAAAUCCCCCACCCCUUCAGUCUUGACCCCAUGGCUGAGAGCCCUUCUCUCUCCCCUUCCAGCUCCAGCUGAGGACGACCUUGCCGCCGCACUCGAUCUGCUCCUCCCUGAUCUGGGCGUCCUUGAUUUUCUCAAGAGAAAAAUACCAGCCUUCUUCCAUGAUUUGUGGGAUUUCCCGUUGCUUGUUCCUGCCCUUGUUGCAUCCAGACUAGGAACUUCCAUCUCAUAGUGAAAGGUCAACUAUUUGUUAAGAGGAAAGAUGGACCAAAGAACAUUAUGCUUACAGUAUUACAUGCAUUAUUAUCACUACUACAUGUGGAGGAGAAGAUUGCUUGCUGCCAUUAUUGUGUGUUUAGGGAUGUACUGGUACAAGAUUAAUGUCCGAAAAAGGAAGAGAAAAUCUAUAACUUAUGCUCCCAUGUUCGAACGAGAUGUUGAAAGGAUGUCACGCCUGAACCGUAUGUAUUAUGGAACCGAGGCUAAUUGCAUAAGUGAGCUGCGCAUGCGGAAAUUUGUUUUUCACAAAUUGUGUGCCAACCUGAGACGUCGUGGUCUACUGGUAGACACAUUCCAUGUAACUGUGGAGGAGCAAGUUGCCAUGUUCAUCCAUGUUGUGGGUCAUAACUGGAAAAAUAGAUCGAUUGGUUUCGAGUUUUAUCGAUCGGGCGAGACUGUUAGUAGGUACUUCAAUGCUGUUUUAGAUGCCCUGUGUCUCCUUGCUCGUGAUGUCAUAUGCAUCAGAACCAUCGAAACACAUUCGAAGAUAACAAGUACCUCCAGAUUUCACCCUUACUUUGAGGUACAUCCAAAAUUAUUCACAAGUAUCUGCAAUGUAUUUAUAGGUUCCAUUCAGUCUGUUUGAAACUGGUUCUCUCUUUUCGUAGGGAUGCAUAGGAGCUCUGGAUGGUACUCAUAUACCGGCAUGUGUGCCAAUCCACAUGCAAGAUAGGUUUAGGGGUAGAAAGUCCUUUCCCACACAAAAUGUGCUAGCAGCCGUUGAUUUUGACCUAAGAUUUACAUAUGUUCUUGCUGGAUGGGAGGGAUCGGCUCAUGAUUCUUAUGUGCUCCAAGAUGCCCUAUCACGUCCCAAUGGCCUUAAAAUACCAGAAGGUAAAUAUUUCCUAGCGGAUGCGGGAUAUGCUGCAAGACCCGGUAUACUACCCCCAUAUCGUGGUGUCCGAUAUCACCUAAAGGAAUAUAGGGGAAGUAGAGAGCCUGAGAACCCAAGGGAGUUAUUCAGCCAUCGCCAUUCCUCACUUAGAACAACCGUCGAAAGAGCAUUUGGUACCUUGAAGAAUCGAUUUAAAAUAUUUGCAAGUCAGCCAUUCUUCCCUCUAAAAACACAAGUAAAAAUUGUGUUUGCUUGUUGUGCGCUCCAUAACUGGAUCCUAGAUGAUGGUCCUGAUGAGUAUGUCUAUGAUGAUGCUACUUGGUACUCGGCCCUUCCACGGAGUAGACGACACCGUCGUGACGUUUACCAGGAGAGCCAGGCAUGGGCACACAAAAGGGAUGUACUAGCUCAAAAAAUGUGGGAGGAUAAUUUAGCAGCUCAAGAUCAAGAUGAUUAAGAAGUUAGUAUGUAAGGCUGAUGUUGAUGGGUUUUAUUUUAGGUUCCAUUCAGUCUGUUUGAAACUAGAGUUCUGCCUUAUUUCUAUGUAUCAAACAUGAGUGCUAUUUUGUUACAUUUGGUCAUUAUGUAUGUGAUUCAUGUGAAACUAUGUUGGUUGUACCUCUGUAAACUUAUAUCACUUAUUUUAUCUUUAGUAAAUUGUUGGUUGUUUCAUGCUUAUUUGCCUCACCUAUUAUCUUUUAAUUAAAAUGGCUCACUGUAUGAGAAACAGCGAUGGCCAAGGGAAAGGGGAAGUCUGAUGGUGAUGGGUGCUCUCGUGAGAGGACUAUUUCCUGGGCUGAUGAUCAGACCAAGUUUAUGUUGGAUUGGUGCAUUGAAUACAUGAAGGAACAAUAUGCGGGAUUUAGGUUCAGGAAGCAUCAUCUUUUGAAGUGUGCUGAUGCUUUAAAUAGAAAAUUUGCUAUGGGGGUGACACUUGCUCAAGUUGAUCGUCACUUCAGGCACUACAAAGAAAAUUGGAAGUACAUUGCCGCCGCAAUUAGCAAGAGUGGCAAUGUUUUCGAUGAUAUUAGAUGUGUGGUAACUAUCUCCGAGUCUGAAAAGUCUUGCCUCAAUGAUAGAGCAAGGCGCUUGCUUUCUAAGCCCAUCAAGUUCUACUAUGAGAUGCAGGAGCUAUUCACAGGCACUAGUGCUGAUGGUUCUUUGGCCAUGGACCAGCAUACAUGCACAAUUGAUUCCGAUGACUCGGACAAUGAUGAAGGGUUGUAUGAUCUCAACUGCUAUCCACAGUAUGAGGGCCCUCUUGAGGAGGAUUCUGACACUUUGCCAACAACACAUUGUCCUAAAAGACCUCCAGUACCUGUAGGUGGUGAUAAUUUGUGGCUUGCCAUAAUGUGUGGCAAAAUCAAACUGUUUGGUUGGUAGCCAUGCCUUAGGUUAGGUGUGGCAGAUUUUGUGUGGCGUGUGUUUGGAUGGAUUCCACAAAUGUUUGGCAAAAAGUUAUGGUUUGCGUUUGGUUUUC